GCCGUUGCUUGGCAACUGCGUCUAGCUAUAAUCGAUUUUCCCUCCCGUAAGGCGAUUAUGCUGACGAUUUAAGAGCGGUCAUAUGUGUAAAAAGUUUGUCAAAACAACAUGGAAGACAAAACUUGCACAAAACUAGCUUUAAUUUUAUUUUUGGCCGCUGUUUUCCAGCAUAUCAAUGGUGAUUCCAGCAGCCAGUCGGCUGAUGACGAAAUACAAAUUCCUUUGCUUAUGCCUGAUGUUCAACCUUUAGUGAAAGAAACAUAUUUAUGCACAGCUUUUAAGAUGCCAAAAACUGAUUAUGAAUACAUUGUUGAAUUUACUCCAAAUGCUACCAUGCACGUCGCUCAUCACAUCUUGAUCUAUGGGUGCGAUAUUCCUGGCCAGUGGCAACGGGACACACCUCGGCUCAUCUGGGACUGUGGGGAAAUGAGUGGCCAGAAGUCUGGAUACAUGAGGGGCCCUACAUGCAGCACUGGGUCCCAAGUGAUCUACGCUUGGGCGAAAGAUGCGCCCCCCUUGAAGCUGCCCAAUGGUGUGGGUUUCAAAGUUGGUAAAGACACGGGAAUUAACUACCUGGUGCUACAAGUUCAUUAUGCUAAUGUGGACAAGUUUUUGGCUGGCGGAACCGAUAAUUCUGGAAUUGUACUUUCUCUGUUACCAAGCUCAAGUCACAGAAUAACAAAAACUGCUGGGGUUUAUCUUCUUGGGACCAAUGGCAUGAUUAGAGCUGGAGAAGAAGAACAUUUUGAAGCAGCUUGUCGAAUAAACGAAGAUGUUGUGAUUCAUCCCUUUGCCUUUCGAACACAUACUCAUGCCCUUGGAAAAGUGGUCUCAGGGUGGAAAAUCGAUAAGGAUGGUCAGUGGCACUUGAUCGGGAAACAUAAUCCACAGGAACCUCAGAUGUUUUAUCCUGUGGAAGAUGAAGAUUUAACUAUUGACUACGGCGAUGUAAUUGCAGCUCGAUGCACAAUGUAUAACUUCAGAAAUAAGGAUACUUAUAUUGGGCCCACCGGAGAGGAUGAAAUGUGCAACUUCUACAUGAUGUACUACCUGGACGGCGACAAACCAAUGAACGAAAAAUACUGCUUUUCCAAUGGACCGAAGAGUUACUACUGGGAACGGGACUCUAAUAUUGGCUACGUUCCCAUGAGCAUAGAGGACGAUGCCAGUUCCCUGACAAGUUCUCUAGAAGAAUAAACGAGCUUGGUUAAGAAAGAGGGGAAAACAUCGGAAUUUGUGCGUUUGAACUGAAUUUUUAGAAUCCUUUUAUUGCUAAGGGGUAAUUAAUAAUAUUACAAACUGCAAAAUGGGGGUGAUUGUUUUACUUAGACCAGCGUGGUCCAACCUUUAAUUUACACAAUAGCCAACCUGGGACAGUAAGUUUACGAAAGGGGGAACUUCUCAACUUACCGAAUGGAAGUUCCGCCGAAUGAUAAAAACGAAUAUGCUCAAAACGUUUACGAAAAAGGACACUUGAGGCAGCGAGAAGCAAAGGGAUGUAAGUGGACAGUUUCAAGUUUUGAGUAAAACGCGUUUAAAGAUAACAUCCUAGGUAGGCUUUCAUUGAAAUGUUUUUCCAAAUCAUGCUGUAUAGCAGCAACUACUGUAAAAAAUUUUCCGGAAAAUUUACGGUAAUUGUUACUGGUAUCCAUGUUGCCAGUAACAAUUACCGUAAAAAUCAAAUGUUACUGUAAAAUUUUACGGUUUCCUCGGUAGGCCACAGCAACCAAUUGAAGCUGGGAUCGUUUAUUCCUCCAGAAUAAAUUACCGUAAAAAUCAGCGAUGCUGCAAGUCCGCUAUUUUACAGUAACAAUUACCAGAAAAUCUUUCUGAAUUUUUAACAGUGUACCAGAGCUACCAGUACCAUCUCUUGCCCCAAGACAGAGGAGAGAUUCCCCUUCCAUGUGUACUGGUUAUCUCCAAAUUGUUAAUUUUGCCACUUGCAUCCCUUUGCUUCUCACUGCCUCAUUUGGGAAUUUGAAAAUUUCGAUAUCGCAAUCGCAAUUACGUCUCCUAAAUAACCAAAUUUUCAGACAAAAUUUGCCGAAUAUGGCCAUUUUGGGAGGUCAUAGCGACGUAUCGUGACCUCCCAUCAGGGUACCCUUGAGGCCAACCAAACUUCAGCAUAGGAAUGUGAAGACCGGAGAUGUUCCAGAAAGUACUCGAAGUAAAUAUGUUUGAUUCAAGUACUUUAUAACUAAAAUUUAUAUUGAAUAAGUUUAAUAUUCUAGUUUAAUACCAUUUGAUUACAGUCGAGGAUUAAACCGCAGUGUCGUAAUUGACCCUGUUAUACAAAUUUAUCAAUGUCCUUGUCCACUGCAAGUUUAUGAACAGCCGUAAUAGCGGAAAUAAAGAUUGUAAGGUGCUGCUGAUGUCAAUUUAAAAAGGCCCGCGAGCCAAGGGUUGGACCACACUAACUUAUACAACAGUUUUCUGUGCCAAAAAAUUUAGAUUUCAGCUCUUAAAUAGCAUUUUUUUAUGAAAACAGUUUAUUUUUUUUACAACUUCCUGCAGUAGUUUUAAAACUUGAUUUUAUUCCCAAACUUUCUAGAGGGUCAUUCCACUGUCAUGUGCAGGACAAAAAUACGCUUAAAUUUCAUUAACAUUUCGUCAUAUCCCUUAAUAUUUUAAUGAAACAUUGGUAAGCAAUUUUUUUAAUCUUUACAUUUGAUACACAGAUACUCGUGACACAAUUAUAUUUUUAUUAAACAAUUUUGUUACUUAAAAUAAAAUUUAUUUACAUGCGUCACGUGCGGGACAUCCAAAGUCAACCUCUGGUAACUUGCUUAUGAAUAAACUAAUAUUUUUGCUCUAUUAGUACAGCAAUGAAGAAACUAAUUGUAGAUUUUGAAAGCUAUGGUUCGAACCUAAAGGAAACAUGCCUCAUUAGUUUAGAAAUAAUUAUUUAAACCAUUGAAAAAAAAAUAUGCAUAUGCUCCUCCCAUUAAAAUUGGUCAUUUUGUCCCGCACGUGACGGAUCCUAUAUUUCAUAAAAAAGAAAUAAUUUUUGAAGAAAGUUUUUGCUUAAGAAGUCACACAUGCGUUUUGAUUUCUUAAGCAACAAAAUUUUGUUCAUCAUCCUUUUAAAUUAUUAUUUUUUUAUGAAAUACACGAAGCGUCACGUGCGGGACAAAAUUACCGUUUUCCGUGGAAUGGCCCUAAAUCUUAUUCACUAUACAUAGUCACCCUUUCUCUUAAAAACGUACGAGGGCAAAGCAGGAAGUAGCUUCCGUUUUGUUGUAAAUACAAUAGCCGCGAAGACUUCACAUUUUAAUUUCAUACCUUAAAUAUAAACUGGUCUAAUUUUCUUUCCUGUAAAGUCACUAUGUUUACCAACUUACAAAUACUUUCUGGAUAAAGCUCGGCCGCCUGAGAAUUGACAUUGUUACAUUGUUUUGAAGAUCUCCGUCGUCAGCGAAGCUCCAAGUCAUUUUCAGGUGUGAGUGAUCUAUUACAGAAGAAGUCAAGUCUUGGCAAUAAAGCGGGUUAUUAAAAGCUCUUCAUUUCAAAUGGAGUAAAAGUUUUUAUGUUCUCUGAGCAGCUUCAGGUCGAGGAGGAACAAAACCCCAAAUACCUACCGUUAACACAUUUUUUGCCCAAUCGUACACCGUAAAAAAUAUUUCUGAAAAUUUGGUACCAAGUACUGGCAUUCAUGUUGCCAGUUCUUUUUGCCGUAUAAUACAAUUUUGAGAAGGAACACAACCCCAAAUAUCUACCGUUAACACAUUUUUUGCCCACUCGUACAUUGUACCAAAUUUUCAGAAAUCUUUUUUACAAAGUACUGCCAUUCAUGUUGCCAGUACUUUUUGACCAUAUAAUACAAUUUUUAGGAGGAACACAGCCCUAAAUAUCUAAUGUUAACACAUUUUUUGCCCAAUCGUACACUAAAAAAGAUUCCUGAAAAAUUUCAGUAAAAACUACUGGCAUUAAUGCAGCCAGUACUUUUUACCGUAUAAUCCAAUUCUGAUGUAAAAUUUUAAUGGUAGAACAGCAAAAACGAUGUGGCUAGUUGCACCGAAUAAAAAACGAGUUUCAAGCAAGGGAGUCCGAAUUUUCCAUAUCAUUGCCCUAUUUUUCAAAAAAAAUCUUGCCAUCUCCUGGCUCCUAAUGUUUGUCCCUAAAUUUUUAGAGAUAAACAUUAAGUAUGGCAAAAUAAUUUUUAAUUGGCUCCGUCCGUAAACCUUUCCUGCUAGUAAUUGAAAAGUUACUAGCUUCUGAUAUCCCUCCAAAAAAUAGAAAAUAAAAAAAAGAUGCUGAAAAUCUUGAAGAGAAAUAUUUUUCAUAUUAAUAUUUUUCAAAGUUGUUUGAUAAAUUAAUUAUGGUCUCUUAAUCAAAGACAAACAUGUAAAAAAGUAAGUUUCUGUCAGUUAAAUCCACCAUUUAAUUCUUUUUGGAGAUCCCUUCCGCUAGUGUUUCAUGAGAAAAUUAACCCAAAUAUCAAAUUUAUAAAUUCAAUUAAUAGUGAGAUCUUCUGUGUUUGGGUUAUGAUUUCUCGAAAUCCAAACUGCUUCUGGUAUGAAGACGUAAUAUCGGCAUACACACAUGCGCAUGCAAAGAGAAAUUGAUUUCAAACUCAUUACUUGAUCGCUUUUUCUUUAGAAGUCUUCAUGGAAAAUUCAGGAUGUUAUUUCCGAUCGCAAAAACUUCCUGGCUUGGUUUUAACCGUUUCACUACCAAUAUGUUCCAAUCUGAGAGAUAAAGUUUUAGAAGUAGAAUGGAGUCUAUGGGACAGAUGUAUUCCAUUGAUGUGGCUUAGCCGCACCCAUAUAGCUCAGUGUGACUGAAAUAACGCCUGAAAAACAGUGAUGUUCCCAUCAUUUUUUCUGAGGGUAUACUCCCAGUAAUCCAUUACGCACAAUAUGUGUAUGUGAUCAUACACAUAGUAUGUCAUGUUAUGAAAAUUUAAGAAGCUUGAGGGUAUACGCUAUGUUUCUAAAAAAUGUUUGAGAAUACAGUGCUAGCCAAAUUAUUAGACUAAGACUGUUUUAAAAGCAAAUUCUUUAUUGAUUACAUAACUAUAGACACAUUAACGAACAGUGAAAUAAUUAUCUAAUAUUUAGUAUGCAUUCCCUUGUUCUUGAUGAGCAUUUUAAGUCUUUUUGGCAUACUUUUCACAAGGUUUACACCAUUUCUUUACUUUUCAAAAAAGGAGGUAAAAAAUUGUUCAUACUCACUAUUAUAUAUACUCACAUACACAUACUCACUAAUUACUUAAAACUAACUUUAAAUAUAACAGAACACACUAAUAAAAAGAACUAGUGAACUGUUUAAGCUGAUUGAGGUUAUGUUCCUGGUAGGUAGAUAAACAAAGAACAUAAACAAAGCAGACAAUGUUGCACCUGCAAAUAUUAAAUUAUGCUAAAAUAACGUAAUAAUCAGUGUACAGUAUGUACUGUACUUUAACAGUAAAAUAAAUAGUAUUUUAGUACAAAUAGUGUACAAUAAACAAAAAAAAAAAAACUCUUUAGUCUAAUAAUUUGGCCAGCACUGUAUACGGCGUAUACCCUUUGAGAACACCACUGCUGAAAAUACGAUGUAAUGCUAAAUUAUUUUUAACAGAAGCAAUUCCGUAGAGUCAUUCGAAUCUGCCGGUUGAACACAUAGUAUAUCCCAGGGGUGGCGAAAGGGGUAGCAGAAACAUUAUGAUCUAAAUUAAGAAUUACGAACACCUUUCCCUGUGUGUUCCUGGCAGAAAUAUGAAAACCACAAAUUCCGAUGCUUGUAUACGUAGGAGAUGCCUUUGAAUUUGUUAUCACUUUGUGUUUAGCAGAAAGCAGUAAACAGAUGUUUUGUUUGUAGUAGAGUUUGAUAAACCUUUGCAUGAGUUACGAAUGUAAUCACAAUAGUCUGAAAUACAAUCCAACAGCUACGCCCUUUUAAGGAAAGAAAACCGUUUCAUUGACAGUUCACGUCGCACAUCAUGGUCCAAAAAUUGAAUGGAGUUGUAAAUGUUCGAGUGCAAUCUCUCCAAAAAAUAAUAGUUUCAAGUAGAAAUGAAUAAUUUCUGUUUGAAAUGAGCUAGAAACUAUUGCCCUUCAAGCUCCGGAAUUUGAAUGGAGUUAUAUAAUUAUUUGAGUUCAUUCAUUCAAAAAAUAAUUCUUUCAAACAGAAAUGGAUAACUUCUGUUUGAAAGAGCUGGAAACGAUCGCCCUUCAUGUUCCAAAGAUUGAACGAAGUUGUUAAAAUAAUUAAUGUAUUGAUUACGCUUAAAAUGAUAAUAAUAGUAAUAAAAAUAAUUAUGACUAUAAUAAUGCAAUAAUAUUCUACGUGAUGCUUCGAAUACCUCGUAAACACAGGGGACACAGCCAAAUAGACCUGUCAAAAAUUCGAGUAAAGCAGAAAAUAGGAAAUUUAGCUCAGGUAGCACACGUAACGUUUAAACGUUUCCUAAACGUUUAAAAGCGGUUGUAACAACGUUGACAACUAUUUUAAAACUGUUUAAAACGAAAUGUGCUAACUGAAUGCGCGAGAAAUGAAAAUUGAGUCAAAUAAAUACGUUCAUGGUUAUAGCUAUCCCAGCAGCAGAAACGGCGUGUGUCGCAGAUUUCUGGGAAAGUCUACAGACUAUUUCUCAGUCGGGGGGAGAAAAAAAAGUCUUAAGUUUUUUAAGGAAAAUAAGCCCUAAGUUUCAGCAAAAUGAAGAUGCGUACCUUUUUUUUUUUGAGAGGGAGGGGUAUAAUCUACACAUGUACUUGUAUUACAUCUUAUUUUUAAGUUUUUCUUGGUGCCGAUUUUGGUUUUAUGAUUAAUCUAAUGUCGUUUUAUCUUGCAGACUAUUUUUUAAAAAAAUGCGUCUCAGACUGUUGAAAAAAAAAUCUGCAACUGGGAUAGCUAGUAUCAAUCAGAAAUGCUGUUUUAUUUAUCUUAUGUUUACACCAAAGCAAGGAAGGGUUCCCAAACUUUUUGAAUUCGUGGCACCCUUUGAAGAAUCAGAAUUUUCUCACGGCACCCUAUUAUAUUAUACAUACUGAUAUCGUGGGCACUUUGAGGCAACCCUUGCCUCUCCCUGCGGCACCCACUUUAGUAGCCCUUGUCAUAAUAUAAGAUGAAAUGAAAUUCUUGGCGCUAAAGGUUUUCACCAAUUCCUUCCUUUUUUUUUAUUUCUCUUUUUUUUUUUAAAUCAAAUGUAUUGUCUUUUUUUUCCUUAAUACAUUCAUAACCGUUAGAAGUUAGAAAAUUGCCCGAACAGCUGGAUUUUUCAAACUCAUAUGGAUGAAACAAACGUGUUAUAACUUUAAUUUUCUAGGUUUGACGAUACUGUACUUCUACUUGUUAAUUUCAAAAUUUUUCCUUCGUUUCUAAUCAAAAAAUAUCGUGUGACUCUUUUAAAUGGCAUCCCAUCUGUAACGUGAUAUACUUUCUAUGUGUGUCGAUUUGUCACAAAUUAAUAUAUAAAUGUGUUAAUAAAACAAUUAAAUGGCAGCAUGUUUCGAAACUGAUUUAUUUUUUGUCAUUUAUGUUAACUUUAGAAAUUAUCAAAAUCAUUUUCAAGAAUGCAGUUUUUUAUUAUUAGCGUAUUUUUCUAUUAGUCGUAAUUUUGAUCGUCCUAUGUAGCAGUUAAGUUCAAAACGCAAUACAUUCCACAAUAUGUUAUCUUAGCUCCUUCUGACUUGAGUUUCAAUUUACAAUUAAGAUUAUAUCUUUUUCUUAUACAGGGUGGUAUCAUUAAAUUUACCCUGUUUAGAUCUAUGUAGAGCUUGCUCUAAAAUAUAAUAAUCCGAGGAAGCUUGGUAUACACGUUGUACGAACAGUGGUUCGUAUAUCUUAAUCGGCCACCAGGCCCGAUUAAGAUAUAAGAGGCCCUAGGAAAGACUUUUUCUGAGCCUCUUUCAAGUCAAACCUUACAAUUUUUGCCAUUAGCUAAGCCAAUUUUAGCCAUUUGGCCCCUAAAAAGCAGGUGCCCUAGGCCAUGGCCUAUUCAGUAACUAGGCCCUAACGGUCACGUGUGGGACAAUUUGAACACAAAUUUCCUUACAUUUUUAGAUUUACAAAUUUAUUAAUUUGUUAAAAGUUAAAAAAUUGUAAAACUAGUAAAAGUACUUUGUGUGUUUUGUGCAGCAAAAAAAUGUUUCCCAACAUCUCUUUUUACUGUUGUUUUUGUUGUUUUUUAAUCGACAUUUACCUGUCAGAUAUCACAAACGUAUGCGUCAUUUCUCGAGCAAAAUAAUUGUUCAUUACCUUUUAAAAUUAUUAUUUCUUAACGAAAUAUACGAGCUGCUGUUACGUGCGGAACACAAUGGUGACUAUUUUUGUGGAAUGGCUCGUGUACCAAGUUUCAAUGACGUACGUUUAUUAAAAGGAACUAGACGUGAAUUUGAUCAGGGCAACUUUAAUUAUAACCACCCUGUUCGUAGGGAGGAAGAGAAAUUACUAAAUUAAUCCACUACACCAAUAAAAUAUUGUAAUAUAUAUUUGGGUGAUUCCAUUUGAAAUCACGUGGUCAGGAAGGGUUAAGAACUUUUAAAUGUUUAUUUAUGUUUUAUUGCUGUUUCUUGUCUAGGAAUAGUUUAAAGAUGAUAAAUACUUAUGCAACUGUUGUUAAUUUUUUGACGAACUAAAGAAUUUUAAAUAAUCUUGAAUGUUUUAUCUUUCCUGUUGAAAAAUUUAUAUAUAUACAUGUAUAUACCGGUUGUACAAAAUAAUAAAUUCUAUGCAAGGCAUA